AUGAAGCGGAAGCUCGCCGAUAUAGAGCGCCAAAAAGCUGACUCGGGCAUCACCGAAGAGCACGUAGGCAUUACAGAAUACAUAUGCAAGGGAGGCGAUAGAAUUGCUGGGCUUUUGAAGCAGAGAUACACCGAUUUCCUUGUCAAUGAAAUAGGUUUGGAUGGAAAAGUUAUCCAUCUGGAGGAUUUGGGGUUCCCUGAAGAGGAACCCGAGAAAGAUACCGACUCAGAAAAAUCAGCAAGAGGCGCAUUCAAUAUCCCCGAAGACAAAAAAUCUGAUUUAAUCGCCAUUCUAGGAGAAUCAGACGUUGAGAAGCUUUUGCAGAUCCCAGUCUCUGGUGAGAAACUCGUCACUGAAAAGGUAUUUGAGAGCAAGGAUGACAGAACCAAAUUGCAUAGGCUUGUGCGCGAACUGUUCAAAAACCGUCUCGAGAGCCUGACCAUGGCUACCAAUCAGUUUGAAAUUUCGCUGAGCUCGAAAAAUAGCAAGCGGCGAACCGUGAUAAAUCACAACUUGGGCGACCGCAAGCGCUAUUUGCAUGCUGUUCUAUACAAGGAGAAUAAGGAGACCAUGGAAGUUGCUGGGCUUUUAGCGAAGUUUCUCAACAUUCCUGUAAAAAACGUGAAAUAUGCGGGAACUAAAGACAGACGUGGAGUGACGGUGCAAAAGAUAUCUCUGGAACGCAUUUCAGUGGAAAGAAUUAACAAUCUAAAUAGAGCUCUACGCGGGUUUCAGAUAGGCGGCUUUAGCUAUGCCGAUGAGCCACUAAGAUUGGGUGAUCUCCGAGGGAACGAAUUUAUCAUCACCAUCAAGGAUGUCACUCUUAAUGGAGAAACACUUGACAUCCCAACUCUAGAACAAAAGCUCGCUCCUAUAUUCGAAUCCAUUGACAAAUAUGGCUUUAUCAACUAUUUCGGAAUGCAGAGAUUUGGCACAUUUUCGGUCUCGACUCACGAGGUUGGCAAAUGCCUGCUUCAAAGUGAGUGGAAAAAAGCAGGAGAAUUAAUUUUGAGCGAGCAGGAGGUUGUGCUACCCGAUUCCGUUGAGGCUCGUAGAAUCUGGAAAGAGACCAGGGACGCAUCGCAGGCACUUAAAAAGAUGCCCCGUCGCUGUAGUGCGGAGUUCUCCAUUUUGAGCCGUCUUGAGCACGACCAAAAGGGCGAGGACGGAGAGUACUCUGAAAAUUCUUAUUUCAAAGCUCUAAUGGGCAUUCCUCGGAAUUUGAGGAUCAUGUACGGCCAUGCUUACCAAUCUUAUGUCUGGAACAUGGUCGCGUCUGCAAGAAUGAGACUGUUUGGCAUGGAAGUUGUUGCAGGUGAUCUCGUAAUCGACAAUUCCGUGACGGUGGAGCAGGACGACGACUUCGAGGAAGACGUCAAGAAAGAAACGUUUGUUCGUGCCAAGCCUGUCACCCAGGAGGAUGUCGACAACAAGACAUACUCCAUCCAUGACAUAGUGCUGCCCACACCAGGAUUUGACGUUCUCUACCCGGAGAACGAGACCCUGCGCCAGACAUAUGUGGACGUGAUGGCCAAAGACGGGCUCGAUCCGUUCAAGAUGUCGCGCCGCGUGCGCGAGUUCUCACUUGCAGGCUCCUACCGCCACGUUUUUGGCCGCGUGGAUGGCCUCAAGUACUACUUUUGCAAGUACGAUGCCAACACCGAUUCCUUGGUCCGCACAGAUCUCGAGCUCCUGCGCUUACGUCAGCAAGGAAAAGAGGAGCCACGCUUGAUUUCGAGGCCAGAGGGUUCCAAAGUGGCGCUCGUUGUGCAGAUGCAGCUGGGAGUGUCUGCGUAUGCCACUAUGGCCCUCAGAGAGAUUAUUGAUGGACAGCAAUGA